AAGGAAACACUGAGGGAAGUGCCAUUAUAGGAAAACAAUCAACUUCCGGGUGGUAACUGUAACUCUGCUUCACUGGUUAUAUGGCGAUAAAAUUGUUCACGCUAAACCUGGCUGCACUUAGCUUUCAUUUCCACUGACGCCGCAGUCUAUGUGAAUCAUAAAAUAUAGAUAUUGGGGGAAAAAUACAUUUUAAUUCUAUAAAUCCUGAAUCUGAUACACAAACACAAGUUGUUCUCCUCAGGCUCUACACAUUGUUUUGAAGGAAACGUUUAGUAGUGAUUGUUGGAGGUGUUCGUGUUCCAGUCCUGCACCUGUAGUUGUUUUCACUAAAAGCCUAAUUGUGCAGUGAGCAGGUGGGGACUCUGGACUCUGGUUUCCAUGGUUACUCAGAAUCUUGCGGUGUUUUGUUUCGGCGUGCGUCGGGGCCCCAGCGGAAAAGUUCACCUUAUAAAUUAUAUCUUUACUUUCAUUCCCCUGCGAUGAAAAUUACAAAUGCGCGUGAGCCGUCGCAAGAAGACGUUCCAGGUGAAAUCUUAUCCAUUUCAGAUUUUUUUCACAUUUUUUUUAUAUAAUUUAAUUUAAAAACAUUUUCAGCUCUCAAUUAAGACUUUCUGUUUCCUAACUGUCUUUGUGUUGCUGUGUGACUCAGAAAACAGGCUCCAUGGAUCUCUGCAUCACCAUUAAAGGAGUCUCGUUCCUCCUGCAAACAGGGCUAGGAAUUCUGGGUAACGCAUCCGUGCUGAUGGCGUACGCUCACAUGUCGUUGGUAGAGUCGUGCCUGCAGCCGGUGGACCGGAUCCUGGCUCACCUGGCGUUCAGUAACCUGCUGGUUGUACUGACACGUGGUGUACCACAGACGAUGGUCAUCUUCGGUAUAACUCAUCUACUGGACGAUCCAGGCUGCAAAGUGGUGAUCUACGCCUACCGCAUCACCCGUGCCCUCUCUAUCUGCCUCACCUGCAUGCUGAGCUUCUUCCAAGCUCUGACCAUCUCACCGUCAGCAGGGCCAAACCUGACCAAGCUGAAAUCUCGUCUCCCACAGCUGGUCAUUCCAACCUUCGUGAGUCUGUGGCUCUUCAACAUGCUGGUCUGCACUGCAGCUCCUCUUUUCUCUGUAGCACCUCGAAACGGCACCGUGCCCCCCUUCACGCUCAAUCUCGGAUUCUGCUAUGUCAACUUCCAGAAUAACCUGGCGUACGUGGUGAAUGGGGCAGUCCUCUUCACCCGAGAUUUCACCUUUGUGGCCGUGAUGCUGGCCUCCAGCGGCUACAUCCUCGUCCUCUUGCACACACACAGCAGGCAGGUCCGGUCCAUCCGACGUGCUCAGCAAGGAACCUCAAUGGAAAUGCGGGCCGCUAAGACCGUCGUCAUGCUGGUGGUGCUGUACACGCUGUUCUUCGGCAUCGAUAACGUCAUCUGGAUCUACAUGCUCACUGUGGCCCAGGUUCCACCCAUGGUGGCGGAUAUGAAGGUGUUUUUCUCUUCGUGCUAUUCCAUGCUCAGUCCUUUCCUCAUGAUAAGCACCAAUAAGAAGAUAAAGGAGAGGAUGGUGUGUGCGGCUGGAGAACAGAUAAAGGAGGAAUCCAAUAAGAAACCAAACACCAAAUGA